GAGGUCACCCGGCUGCACGGCAGCGUCAGCGUAGUGAGUGGAAGAGUCGAAAGAUAGCAGGUGUGUUCGGAACAGCGUAGACCAAGUACUGUCUUACUGUUUGGAUUCAACCUCAAACCAAGCAACCUUUUACUCCACAACGCUACCAGAAUCGUCCAGUUUGUAAGCAGAUUUCCACCAACAGCAGCACCUUGACAAUGGGGUGAUUGUUCUCUCUUCAGUCCACUCACCAGCAACAGGAAUAAGACCGCACUCAUCCUGAUGUCAGAAGACUCAGACUCCAAGCACUUCUGCUUCUCAGUACUGGAGGAGCAGGAUGGAUCUCCAGCGUGCAGAGUGUCCACGUCGUGCAGCACCAUGCCAAGGGGGGCCUCGGGAUGCAGCUCGAUGGCACAGCUCCAGAGGAUGAGCAGCUACAGCCAAAGUGGGCCUGACCUCGGCCUGCCGUCGGAAGGCAGCGACAGCAGCGGUCAGGACCCUCCCACCUCGUCACGCAACCAUCGCAAAAGCACCCGCUCCCGGACGCUUCCGGAGGAGGAUGUUGAGAUGAAAAGUAGCGGGUCCAGCGGCAGCGGCACCGAGUCGCACGGCAACGAGAGCCAUGGAAACGACAGCCACGGCAAUGAGAGCAACGGCUUGGAGUCGGUGGCCAGCUCCAAUAGUAACAGCAAAGAUUCCGCUUUGCUGGAAUCUGCUGAAAGCAACAAGAGCUCCAACUCCCACAGUCCAUCUCCCCCCAGCAGCUCUAAUGCCUUCAGUUUGCUGAGCUCCGAGCAGGACAACCCAUCCACCAGUGGCUGCAGCAGUCAAGAAUCUGCCAAAGCCAAGACCCAGAAGGAGGUGCUGAAAACCCUAAAGGAGCUGAAGCUUCAUCUGCCGACCGAGAAGAGACACAACAACAAAUCCACCACGUUGAACACCCUCAAGUAUGCCUUGCGCUGUGUCAAGCAGGUGGAAGCCAAUGAGGAGUAUUACCAGCUGCUGAUGACCAAUGACAGUCAACCAUCAGGCCUGGAUGUUUCUUCAUAUACCAUAGAGGAAAUAGACAGCAUUACUUCUGAAUACACCCUCAAGAACAAUGAUAUUUUUGCGGUUGCCGUGUCACUCAUCACAGGAAGGAUUGUGUACAUUUCUGACCAGGCAGCCUCUAUCCUCAACUGCAAAAGGGAAGUGUUCAAGAACAGCAAGUUUGUGGAGUUCUUGAUCCCACAGGAUGUCAGCAUGUUCUACAGCUUCACCACACCUUACCGCCUGCCAUCCUGGAGCAUGUGCACUGGAGCCGAGUCAUCACCACCUGACUGCAUGCAGGAAAAGUCCUUCUUCUGCCGUAUUAGUGGCGGCAAGGAGUGUAAAGGUGACCUGCAGUACUAUCCCUUCCGCAUGACUCCAUACCUGAUGAAGGUCCAAGUCACAGUUGACUCUGAGGACCAGUUCUGCUGCCUCUUAUUGGCGGAGAGGGUGCACUCGGGUUAUGAUGCACCCAGGAUACCCACUGACAAGCGCAUCUUCACCACCACACACUCUCCAAGUUGUGUAUUUCAGGAUGUGGAUGAACGGGCAGUUCCUCUUCUAGGGUACCUCCCCCAGGACCUGAUUGGCACGCCGGUCCUCCUUCACUUGCACCCUAAUGACAGACCCAUCAUGCUGGCCAUUCACAGGAAGAUCCUCCAAUACGCAGGGCAGCCAUUUGACCACUCAUCUAUCCGAUUCUGUGCACGCAAUGGCGAGUAUGUCAUCCUUGACACCAGUUGGUCCAGUUUUGUCAACCCCUGGAGCCGCAAGGUCUCCUUUGUUAUCGGGAGACACAAAGUGCGAACGGGACCUGUGAAUGAGGACGUAUUUAUGGCCCCGAUCUCGGCUGGUGCUGAGAAGACCAUGGACUCUGAUAUCCAGGAGAUCACUGAGCAAAUCCACAGACUCCUUCUGCAGCCGGUUCAUAACAGCGGGUCCAGUAGCUACCGAAGUCUGAACAACACUGACCAUCUCCUGGGCAUGACCUCCUCGGGUGAGAGCCUCAACAAUGGCAAUGCUAGCAAGUUCCAUCUCGAGGAGGACGAAGUAAGCAGCAAAGCCAGGCCGCGAACCUUUCAGGAAAUCUGCAAGGGAGUUCAUCUACAGAAGAGCCAGGAGCAGAGCAAGAACGUUCAUAUUGAGUCUGUGCAGAAGAGCCCUGCUGUGGUUCGGCCCAAGGACUCUGCCACUCUCCUCAACUGGAAGGAGACGGGGACGCUGGCAGACGAAAGUAGACCCUCUUUCCAUGAAGAGGUGUCUUUGAAUGAUCAGACUGUCUGCUCCUACCAACAGAUCAGCUGUCUGGACAGUGUUAUCAGGUACUUGGAGAACUGUAAUGUUCCCAUUGCCCUGAAGAGGAAGUGCCAGUCCUCCUGUAACACCACGUCCUCUAACUCUGAUGAGGACAAGCACAAAGGAUGCACCACCGUGCAGGUUUCUGAAGAACCAGCCUUGUUGAAGGAUCAGUCCCGUCUCUCCACUUUGGAAGACAAAAAGCCCAGUGAUACGGCCACCGCGGUAGUGGGCACUUCGCUGCCCCUACCUUUACCUAACAAACCAGAAAGUGUGGUGUCCAUAACCAGCCAGUGUAGCUACAGUAGCACCAUAGUGCAUGUUGGGGACAAGAAACCUCAGCAAGAAUCAGAGAUCAUAGAAGAUGUCUCAGGUGCAGGUGAGACUUUAGAAUCUUCCCAGAACUCCACCGCGCCACCUUGCACGGUGGGACCUCCCAGCCAGGAGAGGGAGUCUUACAAGAAACUGGGCUUGACCAAGCAGAUUUUGGCAGCCCACACACAGAAGGAGGAGCAAGCUUUCCUUUACCGCUUUAGGGAACUUCGCAAACUCACAAACCUCAAAGCCAACUGCUCGCAGUACCUGGAGCGCCAGAGGGAAAAGGUCACCUGUAACGCAGUACCAGCUUCCCAACCCAGCAAGCAGAGUGGUCCGGUCGCCGGACCCAACCCGGGGCGGCGCGGAGUCCGCAAUAAGAAGACCAAGUCGAAGCGAGCCAAGCAGACGGAGUCCUCAGACAGCACGGCGUCCCAUCAAAGAUAUCACCACCAACAGUCACGAGCUCCCCCCCUCAACCACGGCCUUAACCCCACCUCCUGGUCUCCUUCAGAAACAUCCCAGUCCACGUUCCCUGUGGCCUACCCUGCUGUAAUCCCUGGCUACCCCCUCCAGGUUUACCCAAGAGCCACUUCUAUAUCUCAUCGCACGGAUCCCACUAUGCAAGGCUUUGCUGACAAUCAAGGGAUCCCAGCUCCAACUUGCCCACCAGGCAUCCAUCAUACACCCUACACUGCACCCAUGGUCGCCCCCAUUAUGGCUCUGGUGCUCCCCAACUUCAUGUACCCUCCCAUGGCCGCUGGACCUCCACCCCAGCAGCCAAUGUACCACCCAGAGACUGGGGGCUUCUCCAGCCAGGCACCGCCUUAUUGUCAACCGGCUUUUCCUUCACAGGGAACAUUCAUGGCACCGCCACCCUUCAGCACUCAGACCCAGCUCAAUACCCAGAACCCCUUUGCCCCUCAGGUGGGCUACAUGACGCCAUCCUUCUACUUCCCUCCGUCCUCAGAAACCCCAAAGGCCCCUGUGGACGGACAGUCUCGCUCCUCGACACCACAGUCUGGGGGAGGACGUGGAAGCAGGGCUUCCCCUCCGCUCUUCCAGUCUCGGUGCAGCUCCCCUCUGAACCUGCUGGAGCUGGAGCUGUCUGUGGACCGGCAGGACAGCACGAUGCUGCCCCCUGGAGGACAAGGCGGCAACGCAGCUGAAAGAGAGAAGGGAGCAGGCAGCGGCGUGCAAGCCAAAGAAAGGGAGCUGCAGCAGCCAUCUCUCAGUCUCCCUGGUCCACCUGGGCCGUUGUAUUACGAGGACACGUCCUGUGUCUCUGAGAGUUUGUCUUGGGAUAAAGUGUUCUCUAGGCUGCUGGCUUGCAGCUUUGAGGUGUCUCGCCGUGAUGGCCACAACAGCGACGCCAACUCAUCCUCUAGCGACAUGUUGGAUAUCAUCCUGCAUGAAGAUUCUUGCUCGGGCACCGGCUCGGCCACUUCCGGUUCCAUGGGCUCUCGGUCCAACGGUUGCGGAACCUCGGCAAGCGGAAUGUCCAACAGCGGAACAUCUAAGAGCAGAACCUCGGUCAGCGGGACAUCUGGUAGCAGGACAGGUAGCAACAGCAGUAAAUACUUUGGCAGUGUUGACUCGUCCCAGAACAGCCAGAAGGUGAAAGGUCACUUAAGCAGCAGUGAGAUGGAGCAGAGCGACGACUUCAUGAAGUACGCACUGCAGGAUCCAAUAUGGCUGCUCAUGGCCAACACCGAUGACAAGGUGAUGAUGACCUAUCAGCUCCCUUGUCGUGACAUCCAGAAGGUCCUCAAAAAGGAUCGCGAGAAGCUGAGGCUGAUGCAGCAGAACCAGCCCCAUUUUACAGAGGAGCAGAAGAAGGAGCUGAUUGAAGUCCACCACUGGAUGAAGAAGGGAGGUCUGCCUAAAGUCCUUGAUGUCAAGGUGUGCUCCUGCUGCAACGGUGACCUCGACGAUCUCCCGGAUCUGGACCUUGUAGAUCACGAGCCUGUGGAGCUCAGCUGCCAGCAGACGGCAAGAGAAGAGCCCUCCAGCAUCACUGCUAUCACCUCUCCUGACUCCUGAUGUCAACAAAGUACACUCUAAACACAACAUCACAAAGGAGGGACUUGAACACAGCAGCGUCAGACACCCCCAUCAUUCCAAAGUAAUACCCGUCUCACUUUUGCUGUAAUAAUCCUGAUUUAUUGUAGAAUGUAUAUUUUCUUAAUUAUUUAUUUGAAUGUUCAGUGUUCAGUUGUUGUUUCAAAAUGUGCAGCGCUUUAUGUACAGAUGUGCAAAAGGGAACUUGGAUUCAACGUUAAAGUAUGUAUGGCAGUAGUAGAGAGUGACUUCCAACAACACUUUGUUGCUGUAGGGUUUGGAGCACCAUAUGAACGCACAAGUGCACUUUGCGGGGCGCCGUGGUAGGAUGAGGAUUUGUGUUCAUCUUUAUCUCUAUUGGCCCUUUUCAAUUUGUUCAUUUCUGUUUUUGCAAAUUGUCCAAUAAACCAGAGUGAACUACUGAAGUUGAUGCCGGGCCCUUGAUUAC